AUCGAUUAAUUAUGUUCCCGCGAAAAUGUUGAAAGUCGAGCCCGUUCCAAACAAAUGAUAGAAAUGUUGUGAAUACGUAAGAGCGAGAUAUGAAUGCUAGAAAAAGACCAAUGCGUUACGCCCAUUCAGAUGGCCACACGGACGUAUGCUACACUAAUAAUGGAAAGUACAUUCUUACAUGUGGAAUAGACGGAGACGUGAGAAUUUGGGCUGGCCUUGAAGAUGAUGAUCCAGCUUCACAUUGUGUGGGAGAACAAGCAUUUGCAGUUGUCCAUAAGAAUGAUCAUUAUUAUGUUGGAACUGACAAUAAUAAUGUACAAGCUUACACAUUCCCUGAAUCAGACAGAGAUGGGAUUAUAUCACGCUUCACUGCAGCUGUUACUCAUAUUGAUAUUAGUAGUGAUGGCAAGACAAUUGUUGCAGGGUCCAGUGAUACAGAGAUUCAUGUCAGCAAUAUUGGAACCUCAAAGACUACAAUUUUAACAGGACACAGAGCUCCUAUUCUUGGUGUUGCCUUGGAUCCAAAGGACAAAUAUGUGGCAUCAUCAAGCUGUGAUGGAACAGUACGCGUGUGGUCUAUUGAUGAUACCCAGACCAUAAUGUCUUGGAAUUGUGUUCCUGUAUGCAAUGCCUUCUUCGCAGCGAAGUGCCUAGGGCGUCCAUCAUGGCAGCCCAAGACAGGACGUUAUUUGGCUGUGCCUCAUGGAAGAGAGAUUCAAGCCUAUGAGAGAGGAACAUGGAAUAAAAUUUUAUCUCUAUCUCAUGACCAAGUAAAACAGGACUUUUCCAUCUCAGCAUUUUCCCCAUGUGGCAACUAUUUGGCAGGUUGUACAUCAGGUGGAGAUAUCUGUGUGUGGAAUUUAAAUCUUCAGACCUGUAUUAUGAGCACUCGGCAUGAUAAGGGAUACAGCAUAUGUGGACUGGCAUGGAACCCAAGUGGCAAUGGUGAGAUUGCUUACUGUGAUGUGAUGGGCCAAUUGGGCACUGUUGAGGACUGCAUUGCUUGCGCACCUGCCAUUUCUCAAGAUAACAGCACAUUUAUAACACAGGAGAAGACUAUGACUAUGGAUGACUUGAGAUAGCUUAACCCUGAUGAUGAUGAUGAUGAUGAUGAUGGUGAAAAUGUAAUUUCCUUGAAUAAAAUCAAAGCUGAACUUUCACAGCCAGCAUUUAUGGA